CCCCCUUCCUCCCUCAGUUCUUGCCUCCGACUUGACCCCAGCCUACAACAGUUCCUUGGUACUUCAAUUCAACAGGCAUAGAGGUCAUCUUUCACAAUUAGAGUCUGAUAUUUUCAUUUAUUUCUCUACUCUUGAGUGUGAAUCGCCAUGUCACCACCUUCGGCAACCGAGAGAGACGCGUCUACCGCGCCACCUACCGAUGAGGAAGAUGUUGAUGAGCAGGCUUAUGAGUCGGAAUCCGAAGUGACUACAAAAGUCAAGUCGAAAGAGCAGCUUUUGACUAAGAAGAAGCAGCUGGAUCGGCAGAAAGUUAUUGAUUCCGCUCGCCGUUUUAGAUAUCUGAUUGGUCUGACUGACCUCUUCCGCCACUUUAUCGACAUUCGUGCGCAGAAUGACGAAGAAAUUCGAGAAAUUCUACAGGAAGCUGAUGCUGCUGAUGCUGUGACGAGCAAACGCGGUCGGCCCAAGAAAGCGUCGAACGCUGAUCGUCGUCACCGGAAGACCGAGCAGGAGGAAGAUGCGGAGUUGAUGCUUGACGAAGAAGAGGAUGGUACAGAGGCAACAGUCUUCACCGAGUCUCCGUCCUUCAUCGAUGGAAAGAUGCGUGACUAUCAGGUCCAAGGUCUGAACUGGCUCAUCCAGCUACACGAGAAUGGUAUCUCGGGCAUUUUGGCUGAUGAGAUGGGUCUUGGAAAAACCCUACAAACAAUCUCCUUCUUGGGUUACCUGAGAUUUGUGAAGGAUGUCAAGGGGCCCCAUCUUGUUGCGGUUCCAAAGUCAACUCUGGACAACUGGGCGCGCGAGUUUGCUCACUGGACUCCGGCCGUCAACGUCCUAGUUCUUCAAGGUCAGAAGGAGGCCCGCGCAGAGUUGAUCAGCCAGCGGCUGCUUACUGGCGAUUUUGAUGUCUGUAUCACAUCUUAUGAGAUGAUUUUGCGUGAAAAGAGCCAUUUGAACAAAUUUGCUUGGGAGUAUAUCAUCGUUGAUGAAGCUCAUCGAAUCAAAAACGAAGAUUCGAUGCUUUCUCAAAUCAUCCGCGUUUUCAAUUCCCGAAACCGUCUUUUGAUUACUGGAACGCCUUUGCAGAACAACUUGCACGAACUUUGGGCGUUGUUGAACUUUUUACUUCCCGAUGUUUUCUCGGACUCAAAUGUAUUCGAUCAGUGGUUCGAAAGUCAAAACUCCGAUCAAGAUACUGUCGUGCAGCAGCUCCACAAGGUCUUGCGACCAUUCUUGCUCAGACGUGUCAAAUCUGAUGUCGAGAAAUCUUUGCUGCCCAAGAAAGAAAUCAAUGUUUACAUCGGCAUGUCAGAAAUGCAAAUCAAGUGGUAUCAGAAAAUUCUCGAGAAAGACAUCGAUGCCGUCAACGGUGCGGGUGGUAAGCGCGAGUCCAAAACUCGUUUGCUCAACAUCGUCAUGCAGCUCCGAAAGUGCUGCAACCACCCUUACCUUUUCGAGGGUGCCGAGCCCGGUCCGCCUUAUACUACCGAUGAGCAUUUGGUUCAAAACGCCGGCAAGAUGGUCAUGCUUGACAAGCUCUUGAAGCGACUGAAAGCGCAAGGUUCGAGAGUGCUGAUCUUCUCGCAGAUGAGUCGAUUGCUGGAUAUCUUGGAGGAUUACUGCUUGUUUAGAGAGUAUGAGUACUGCAGAAUUGACGGCUCAACUGCUCAUGAGGACCGUAUUGCUGCUAUCGACGAAUACAACAAGCCCGACUCUGAAAAAUUCGUCUUCUUGCUUACAACUCGCGCUGGUGGAUUGGGAAUCAAUCUUACCACUGCCGAUAUCGUCAUCAUCUAUGACUCUGACUGGAACCCUCAGGCAGAUUUGCAAGCCAUGGACCGUGCUCACAGAAUUGGACAGACCAAGCAAGUUGUGGUUUUCCGAUUUGUGACUGAAAAUGCCAUUGAAGAGAAGGUUCUUGAGCGUGCGGCACAAAAGCUGAGACUGGAUCAGUUGGUCAUUCAGCAGGGCCGAACUCAGAAUGCCAACAAGAACGCAGCUUCGAAGGAUGAGCUUUUGUCUAUGAUUCAGCAUGGUGCGCAGGUAGUCAUUCAGCAGGGAGCGUCGACUCUGACUCAGAUGGACGACAUCGACGAGAUCUUGAAGAAGUCAGAAACGCGUACUGCCGAGCUGAAUGCUAGAUAUUCCAAGCUUGGUCUCGACGAUCUGCAAAAAUUCACCAGUGACUCGGCCUAUGAGUGGAACGGCGAGGAUUUCGCCAAGCGCAAGCAAGGUGUGCAGUUCAACUGGAUUGAACCGUCAAAGCGUGAGCGCAAGGAGCAGACUUACUCGGUUGACAAGUAUUACAAGGGUGUUCUCCAAACUGGUGGUCGUACUGCCGGAGCUCCUAAGGCUCCUCGUGCUCCCAAGCAGGUCCAUACUCAAGAUCAUCAAUUCUAUCCGGCUCGUCUGAUUGAAUUGCACGAGAAGGAGACUGCCUAUUUCCGCAAACAGCAAGGAUAUAAGGUUCCUCUUCCGGACGGAGACGACGAAGAUCUUGACGAGCGCGAGGCCGAGAGAGCAUUUGAGCAGGGCGAGAUUGACAAGGCCGAGCCACUGACGGAAGAAGAGGAAGAAGAGAAGAAGAGUCUCGCAAACGAUGGAUUCAGUAACUGGUCCCGAAGAGAUUUUACCCACUUCAUCCAGCUGAACGCCAAAUACGGACGGGAAAAUAUCGAAGCAAUCGCUAGCGAGUUUGAAGGAAAGACGUACGACGAAGUGAAAGCUUAUAGUGAUGUCUUUUGGGAACGGUAUACCGAGAUCGAGGGUUACGAUAAAUACAUUUCCCAGAUCGAGGCAGGUGAAGAGAGGACACGGAAGCUCAAUCAUCAGCAGAAGCUGCUCCGGCAGAAGAUCAACCGCUACAAGGCGCCGUUGCAGCAACUGCAGAUCAUAUACCCGGUCAAUAACUCCAAGAAGGUCUACACAGAGGAGGAAGACAGAUUCCUUCUUGUUCAGUUGGAUAAACUGGGACUGGAUCGUGAGAACCUAUACGAGCUACUUCGGGAUGCUAUCAGGUCAUCGCCAAUGUUUAGAUUCGACUGGUUUUUCCUGUCCAGAACGCCUUUGGAGAUUUCAAGACGUUGCUCGACUUUGAUAACAUCCGUUGUGCGUGAGUUCGAAGGCGUCAAGUCCAAAGGUAGAGACAGAGACGCUGUUAGUGAUGAUGAUGCUCCUGCGACCAAAAAGCAGAAGAAGGGAGGCGCGCGUGCGGGUUCUAGAAAGUGAAUGAGUGAUGUUUUGGAUUGUGUUUAGUUUAAUGACGAGAUUUAGAAAACUGUUAUUCUAAAGAAGUUGAGGAAUAUUAUAGGAAUAUAUGGCUACAUGA